AUGUCUGCGGGUCUAGCGGAAUUCGAGACAGUCUUCCCUAAGCUGGUCGAAGAUCUCAGAGAGCAAUGCUGCGAGGACUACAAGCUCCCCGUCCAAGUUUGGCAAUGGGUAGCUGACAAGGGAAUUCAGUCUCUUAUGCACAAUACUGUCGGUGGAAAAUGCAACCGUGGACUUUCAGUAGUCGACACCACACGGCUUCUCCUCGGUCGAGAAAUUACCCCCAAUGAAUACUUGGAUACCGCGAUACUGGGCUGGAUGAUUGAGCUACUGCAAGCUAUGAUGCUUGUUUUGGAUGAUAUUAUGGACGCUUCCAAAACUCGACGUGGCAAACCAUGCUGGUAUCUUGUACCAAACGUCGGCAUGGCGGCCGUUAAUGACGCACCAAUGUUGGAGAGCGCUAUAUACAUACUUCUGAAGAAGUAUUUCCGGGACCAUCCUGCAUACGUCGAUAUGGUUGAAUUAUUCCAUGAGGUAGCGUUCAAGAUAGAAUUGGGACAGGCAUAUGAUAUGCUCACCGCACCAGAAAACCACGUCGAUUUGGCGAACUUCAACAUGGAGAAGUACACCUUGAUAGUCAUCUACAAGACAGCAUACUACAGCUUCUACCUUCCUGUCGCACUGGCCCUGCUCUAUACUGGCAAGGCAUCACCCCGGAACCUGAAACAGGCCGAGAGUAUCCUCGUGCCGAUGGGUAAAUAUUUUCAAAUACAAGAUGACUACCUGGAUGCCUUUGCCGAUUCUUCAUUGCUGGGGAAAAUUGGCACAGAUAUUCAGGAUAAUAAGUGCUCAUGGCUUGUGAACCAGGCGUUGAAUAUGUGCUCAACAGAGCAGAGGAAGGUGUUAGACGAAAACUAUGGGCGGAAGAAUGAGGAGUGUGAAAAGAAGGUGAAAGCUCUUUACCACGAACUAGGCUUGGAGAAGGUAUAUCAAGAGUAUGAAGAGGCGCAGGUGGCGGACCUCCAGAGGAGAAUUGCAGACGUGGAUGAGAGUCAGGGGAUGCAUAAGGGCAUUUUUGAGGAGUUCCUCAAGAAAAUCUAUAAGAGGUCUAAGUAA